UCCUCCUAUGGCUCCUACUAUGUGGAUGCUGACUACCCAGUGACCAAAACUCUGAGGGAUCCUGUGGCUGUGGAAGUGCAUAUCAUGAACAGGACUGACCCUAACCUUGUUCUCACUCUUGGGGACUGCUGGGUCACCCCAGGACCUUCUGCUUCCAGCCAGCCCCAGUGGAGCCUUCUAGUGAAUGGGUGUCCAAACAUGGGAGACAACUAUUUGACCAGCUUGGUGACUGUGGACAGCACAUCUGGAGUGGCCUACCCAAGUCAUUACAAGAGAUUUGUGUUUGAGAUGUUUGCUUUUGUGGAUCCUGUAGCUCAGCAAGCCUUGGCUGAACAGAUCUUCAUCUACUGUGUUGCUGCUGCCUGCUAUCCCUCUGCCACAGACCCCUGUACUCAGAGCUGCUCUGUAAGAAGAUCUGGCAGAGCUGCAGACAAGUUGGCACAAAUUGCUUCAUUCAGGAAGAAUGUGCUCCUUCACAGUGGUCCUGUGCUCUUUGAGGCUGACCAGGUGCUAACUUCUAGACUGGAACAGGAAGCCCCUCUUCCCACUGGAUACCUGGUGCUGGGAGCUGCAACUGCAAUGUUGAUGGUGGUCCUUAUUUUGGCUGUAGUUGCUGUGAGGCGGUUGAAUGGCCCGAAAGUGAAUCUGAAAUUUUAAUAAAGGCUCUUCAUGAA